UUCCGAGUUUCCCUCCGUCCCCCUCGUCAAGUUUUCGAGAAGGGUCACCCCGUAAUUUGAAUAUACGGCACCCUUCUGCGCGUUCGCAGCCCCUCCCGGCCAAUUGCACGUUCGGCAUAUUUCGUCUACCGUGCGCAGCGCGUUCGAUCUCCGUUCUCCUCGCGUUUGGAAUACGCGGACGUGGUAUUUCGUCGUGGUAUCGUUACCGCGGUUUCGGGGUGCCAGAUCGUUUUUCCGGCAACGGCCGAAAAGCACUAAAAUUGAAUCUGUCUCGUCGAGAAAUGAUCUCGAGAUAUUAAUCAUUAGUAUUCCUUAUGGAUCGUUAAGCUGAAUGUUUGUCUUAUAUCGGUUGUUUUUAUACUAUCGAUAAUGUGUCGCUUCGGCAAUCUCAUUGUCACAUAAUUUCGCGAUUCAAACACUGUCACAUAAUUUCGCGAUAUUCUUGAUUCGCGGACUCAGCGUUUCUACGUUUUUACACGUCGCAAUUACUACUCGCGAGCGAUACGCGCGGAAACGGAAGCGGCCGAUCGCGGCUGAGAUAUAUAUCGCGAAAACGGACCGCGUUGCAGACGUCGAUUGCAAAAUUAACCAGUUCCGCGCGACAGGCGACGUUUUGAUCGUCAAACGUGUAAUAUUUUCGCUGCUCCGUGCGCGCUGGCGACUUUCUUUAUAACGCGAAAACGGAGUUUCUCGAUAGUUGGACGGUUUAACCACGCUUGGAACUUAAUUCAUCAAAUUUCCGGAGGAACAGUGGCGAAACUCGCCACGACGACGAUGCACGACGAAAGUUACCCUCCUUCCCAUCGCGAUCGACAACGACCGCGGCGCGAUUUUUCUCGCGAAAAGGGACUCUCUCGCGCGCCGGCGUGAAUUCCCGACGUAGGGAAAUUGGCGUGCGGUUCGUGAAUUUUCGCGGGGCCGGCCCACGAUAAUCCGGGCUUAUCGAUCGGCACUCAGUUGCCAACUUGGCAGUGGCGAACUCUCGGAAUUACGAGUGAAAUGCUCUACAUAGCGACGCGGUUGGCAAAUCAGAUCCGCUUUCAUACCUUUGCGAGGGAGGAUAUGUCGAAUUCCAGCUCACCUUCCGGUGGGUCAGACUUUUGCAAUUCGACGACGCGGGAAUGUCCAUGUCGUAUGCGGCUCUUGAUUCAACGCGCGCAGAGAUCGUAACAUCUUUCAGCGUGUUGUUUCUCUGAGCUCUGAUAUAAUGAUUUUUUUUUUUUUAAUACAACCGUAUCUAAUGCGCACCGUACAUUGUACGGUACAUACAAAAGAUCGAAAUGAGUGAACGAAAUGAUUUCCACGUCGCUCUACCCUUCCAUUUCGUUGAUUGAAGCGUUUCGAAAGAGUACAAAACUUGCACGUCAAAGGGUUAAGGGAAAAGGGUACCGCGGGAACAGGGUCGGACUUUUUUUUCCCCCCCAACCGAGCUCGUUGUUCGAGUUUCGGGCUAAAUCCUGGACGGAGUGGUUUUCAUGCCGCUACCCUGACGGUCGUCGAGCUUGUCGUCGUGUAGUAGUUGGUUGUAUGCCAUUGUAACCUACGCGCUUUCUAGCAGUCGGCGUUAGUUCCCUGCUCUCUCGCUCGUUCCCUCGUUCAGAUUUGUACUUAAAAACCUGUGGGGUCAGUGGUGCUCACAGCCAGGCUUAGUUUGACGCAACCAAUUAGGAACGUGGUAUAGAAUAGAACUAAUGUAACUUUACUUUGACUCUGCUGUCGUAGCACGGUAGAACCAAGUAAAGCCUGGGGUGCUACCCUGGCUUUGUGCUGACAACUUUACGUAGAAUUUCGAGGCAUCGAUUGAGGCGCGACAUUAAAUGAUAUCAAGGUUGUUUGAUGAAUUAUCCGUGAUUUAGUUACGCUUAUAAAUUUGAAUGAUUAAAAGGACCGUUUUAAUCCAAAGAGAAGUCGCAAUUUUUUAAUCUAUUUUAAGAUUAUUGCAUUUGAUAGUGUCGAUUGAUAACGCUACGAUAUUUCAUCGAGUGUCUUGGUUCAAAUAAUUAAGUUUGUAUUAACUUCUCGAUAGUGUAGCAGAGUGUUGUAAAUGACGAGUUAUCAUUAGAAAGAUACACAAAUAUUUCCGAGAGAUACUUUGUGCACCUUUAGGCAGUGCAAUCUCAAUUAAACAACGCAUUCCAUAAAAAAAAAAAGAAGAUACAGGAUCGAUCAUAAAAUAAUGAGAAACGCCAAUUUGUUUUUGUUUGCGUGAGUAAAAACAACAAAGUGGCGUUCGAUACAGAUUGUUCUGCAUGCGCGCGAUACAAUUGAAUUAUGUAUAAAUGUAAGUGGUAAACGUUCGGUUCUCAUAUCGGGGCGAGCUUGCAAUCCCGAUUUGCACAGCGACGCGUCUCACGUCAGCUCGGUGUUUUGAGAAUCGCUGGGUUCUCACUGCGCAGACAGGGUCCUCGUAUUCGGGACACGGCUGCGGCCGUGCGCAACCAUUGUGCGCAGCGUACAGUCACGUGACAAGAUGUCGAGGUGGGCGCCAAGCUCGCUGGAUUGGCCGAUACCGCGAUAUUUAUCCCCCAUCCGGCGUCGCUCGAACAAAGAGACGAGGCUACCCCGUCCGCGGUCGCGAGCGAUGCCAUUAGAAAGUCGUCGGCAGUCGAUGAACGCGGAAACCCCGCGAGUUGGAUAGAGACCGCGAGAAGGAGACAGACAGAGAGAGCUGGUCCAUCGGCUCGAGAAAGUUAUCAGGACUCGAUACGGAAAGAGACAAAGAGAGAGAGAGAGAGAGAAAAAAGAAAGAAAAAAAGAGUGGAAGGUUUGGGAAAACAUCCCUGAGCGACAUUAGAGACAUCAGCUCCGACUCGACUUCAGCGUACAUCGAAUCGUCCGGAUCGGACGGUCGCGUCGGGAAUCGAUUCGGUGAAACGAAGGGUGCUUUCCAUCCGCGAAAACGGACCCAAGAAACUCUUCACGAGAAGAAGGAAAUUCGGAGCAAGGGAGGCGAGCACUUGAGAAACGACGCGUCGACGCUCGGCCGAGAGAGAGAGAGAGAGAGAUCGAUCCCCCGCGUACAUCUGCAACUGUGCGUCAGGUUGUAUCCUCAUCGGUGAGGAUCUUCGAGAGACGCUCCGGCGGUUAGCGCAUCGCGCUGGAGGGUCGACGACGACGACGACGUUCCACGACGAGCGCUGUAGAGUGCUACGCAGCGACGUGGCGACGACGCCAUUUUGUUACCGUGCGCUCCUUUCGGCAUCAGCGACGUCGAGCCUACUCAUCGCCGCGCCGUGACCCGUGACACGCGCGUAUCUCCGAUUGCGUUCGUCAAUAAGUGCGAAACGACGUGGAGCGCCUUUAGCCUCCGGAGCCUUGGAUCGCGAAAGACAGCGCGACGGAGGGAGAGAGAGAGAGAGAGAGAGAGAAAGAGAGAGAAAAGAUUAUAUAUAUUCAUAUAUAUAUAUAUAUAGACGGUGCUCGUGUAUCCGAGUAAGACAAAGUGCGUCAUCGGCGUGAGUCUCAUUCGCGCACCGUCAAUCUCAUCGCGAAAGAAAGAAAGAGGGAGGGGAAGAGAGAGAAAGAAAGAGAGAGGGGGGAGAGAAAGAGAGAGUUCCAUCCACUUAUCACCAUCGACACCUUCGCCCUGGGUCACCACCGACCAUGAGACUGGAAAUCGUGUCGGCGGCGGAUUUUCUGGUGCACCUGCUGCGCCUGCAGGCGGGUCAGCUGUCGGAACGGCAACUGGAGAUGUUCAAAUCAUCGCUGACGGAGGUGUUGCGCCACCGUUACCGCGAUCACUGGUUCCCAGAUCGGCCAAAUCGCGGCUCCGGCUACCGUUGCAUACGUAUAAACGGUAAAAUGGACCCGGUGAUAGCGCAGGCCGGUGCGAACGUCGGCCUCCUGCCUACCGUUCUGCACAGCCUGUUCCCCAGCGAGCUCACCAUGUGGAUCGACCCGUCGGAAGUGUCGUACAGGAUCGGCGAGAAUGGUUCCAUCUGUGUGUUGUACGAGCGCACCGAAGUCGAGAGCACGGAUGAGAUCUCCCAGCAGCAGCAACAUCAACAUCAUCAACAACAGCAGCUGCAUCAGCAUCCGCACCAUCACACGCAACCGCAACACCAGCAAGCGCCGAUUAUGCCACCAAUACAGCAGCAGCAACAACAGCAAUUUGAGAGCUGCAAAGACUCGCUGAUGCUGGAGCACACGCAAUUCAGCGAGCAGAUCGCCGCGUACGUCUCCAGCUGAAUCGCCGGGCUCGUCGCCACGCUCGCAUCUACGCUCUCGAAAUGAUCUACUAUAAGCGCACGUGCAUCUCGUGAUAUGUGAUAUCCCGUCGUGUGUCGCGUCGAACCGAACGGGUUCGCGCGCUCAAUUUUUCGUGGACUCUAAACUCGUGCGUGCGUCCAUUCUUGCGUUUCAUCUCUUUCUUUCUCUCCUUUUUUAUUUUCCUUUCAUUCUUUUCCUUUCUUUCUCGAUGCGCCGAGAGUCUCGAGCGAAGAAUCGAUCCUCCAUCGUCGUCUUUUUCUUUUCUUCCUUACCCUUCCCCCCCCCUCUCUCUCUCUCUCUUUCUCUCUCUCUCUUUUUCUCUCGUCUUCUAUGGAAAAAGAAGAAAAAUGUGUAUAAAUGGAGUGCUGUCAUCCAUCGAUAAUCUGCAGCGUCGCAUCUCGUCGCGCCUCCUCGUCCGCCCUCCUUCGAGCGAGUUCCUGUUACACGGGAAGAGUCCAUCCUUCGGGAGACGCGAGCUCGUCCACGCGCGUCGGUCGACUCGAAACUUGACUCUAGUCUAGUCUCGCGACUUCCCGACCCUUUUCUCGCGCGCGCGCGCGCGCGCGAACAAGAAUCUCGAGAAUGAGCAAGAAAAGGCACCUUCGAGCAGAGAAACGUGUUUUCGACUAGUCUGUGUGUGAUUCAAACAACGCGAUCGAUUGACGAAGAAGAAGAGAAAAACACAACGGAACGAAAAGGAGAAAACAUCUGUGUCGUGAUCAAAGCGCGCAGACCAGUCGUCGUUGAUCCGGAGACGCUGCUCGCCUGAACGUCGUCGUUGCCGUCGUCAUCAUCAUCAUCGUCGUCGUCGUCAGUCGCCCUACUACUACUAUCGGCGAGUCUUUUUCGCUGGAAAAAAGGAUCUCGCGGCCGUCGUCGCAGCGAGAAAGAAUGAAGAGUGAGCUCGGAGCUCUCUUCAGCAGCCGACUAAUUGAUCUCAAUACCUCCGCCACCUGCGUAACCUCCGAGUGUCUCUCGUGAUGACAGUAACCACGCGAGGGAGGAACAACGAAGAGCCAGCCAGCCAGCCAGCCAGUCUCAACGCCCUUCCUACGUUCUCUCGAGGGAGUAAAGGAACCGUACUCUCAGACACUUUACACAUAACACACUUAUAUAUAUACCUACACACCUACAUACCUACACACACACACACACACACACACACACACACACACACACACACACACUUGUACACGCUUUCUCCGUCUCUCGCAUCCUCCCGAACCGACCAGCAUCUUUCUUCCACGCACUUUUUGUCACCGUCGGAUCUCAAAUUAAGGUUCGUACACACCGACGAGUAUUUACAUUGUCUUUCGAUGUGAAAAGCAGAUACACACUUAUCUUUUGCGGAAAUUAAAUCUUGAGUGAUGCAAUCCCGCUGGUGGUUCAGUCGUUUAGAGUGUUCGAGAGAAAGUAAAACUGCAUGACUUUUACGAUAAUUCUUAUGAUAUAUAAUAAACAAGCUUUUCCACAUCUUCGUCGCGUCGGUUUGUACGAUCGUAAAGUUGAGAACCAGAAAAGAACGAGACGAGAUUCAACAGUAGUACUCUAUUCUCAUCGCCGAGAAUUUUUUCGCACUGUCAGUGCAGAUUACCACCGAGCCACACACGUAAUACACGUAUACAAGAUCCCGUGAUACAUUCAUACGAAAUUGUAAAUUAUACGCGCAUCGACGAGUCUUGAGCAAACGAUCGCGAUGGAUCACUCCGCUAUCGUGAGGUGUCAAGAUCGUCAGUGUCGAUUCAUCGAAUUUGCUCUUCGUUAACAUCAAUUUUCCACGAGCAUUUGUAAAAAUUCACUAAAUUCACAACGUCUCAGAUUCACAACGCGCGACAUUAUUUCGCGCAUAUUCUACGAGUUUAUCAGAAUAAUUCUGAUUUUUUAAGAAAAUCGAGUGCAUCGAAAUUUAUGCCAAACGCAGCAUCGUCGUGAUAAUGAAGUAUCAAAUUCGAUGUAAGGUUGCGAAUUCUAUUUUUUUCGAGAACGGCCCUCAAUAGUACGAAUCUUAAAUGUCUUCAACUAUUUGACAGCUAUUCUCGACGAUAGAAAUCUCAAGCAGUAAGUCUGAAUGUGCAUACACAUUACACUCGCAGAUACACACAUACACGUACAAAUUUUACGAAAGCGCGUGAGUUAUAUGUACAUAUAUACAUAUAUAUAUAUAAGCGUUAUGUAUAUGUAAAGCAGAAUGUACACGCGCGGGGGCGAGAAAAGGGAGCGAAGCAGUCACCUCCGGGCGUGUACAUAACCGACGAAUUGUAUAUUAUAUCCUUCGCGUGAGAGGAGAUGGAAGAAAGCGGGAGAAAACACGACGGUGUAUAAAAUUGCUGUGAUUUUAUCCACGGAAGGCACCCGGGCGUGUUUUUACUACUGGAGAGUCGGUCUCGGAUAGUGAGUCGCAUGAUGCACGGUGUGCGGCUACGAAUGUUUCAGGAAUGAUUCCGUGUGAGAGAGAGAGAGAGAGAGAGAGAGAGAGAGAGAGAGAGAGAGAGAGAGAGAGAGAGAGAAUGAUAGAACGUGUGUGUACGACACGCGCGUAACUCGCUCGCCCGCUCCGGCAAUAAUAAUCGAGUUCGCUCGAUUAAUCACGCGUCUGCUUCGUGUUCGCGGCAUCGGGAUCUGUUCAAUUACCGUUACUUGACGAACCGAUACGCUUGCGUCAAUAAUGAGUACCAGCUCCGCGAUUGUCGAUUGAUUAUUACGAGUGCGCGGAUUCAGUUUUUUGCCUAUGAAAUUCAAAUUGGACUCGAUAUCUCGUCACACGUGGAAAUUUUUAUCGGUUUUCCCAGCGAGUAGAGCGAGUCGGAAUGGAGGUGGGUGAGGGUUUGCAUGUGAAAGAGUAUAUGUGUGUACGCAUGUGUGGCGUGUGCAACGUGUACGUACGGAAAGAUCGAACAGUUAAUGAAGGUGGAGGGAGGAAGAGAGAGAACUUAUCGUGUUCGAUGUCGAACGAGAAAAAGGCUCUGUUGUACGUAGCAAUUGUAGAAACCAUGUCUGUGAUUAUACUAAGAAUAGAGCGACAAUAUAAGCAAUUUCCGUAUAUAACGACCUAACACGAGCGGCGUGUGCGCUUAUUAGACAUACCAGUAUGUAAAUGAUAUACAUAUAUAUAUAUACAUGUAUAUAUAUGUAUUACAUAUAUACAUACACAUAUACACAUAUAUACGUGUGAGAAUUUUAUCCGUGGGUAUACGUGCGCGUUCCGCGCUUUUAAUCGGGUCGUCGCCUCGAGCGGAGUAAAAAAAUUCGCGUCUUUGCCUUCCGGUCGUUUUCUUCUUCUUGUUGCGUGUCCGUAUGUAUCGCGUGUAAUCGAAAGUAAAUAACGUCCCACCGGAAAGAGUACAUCGCCACCGGAAGCAAACGAUGCAAAUCCGCUUCAAGUGUUGAAACUAAAGAUGACUCGUUUAAGAUCGCUGAAUGCGCUCGCGAACGGCGGAAGGACGAAAUCAAUCUUACCUCGCGCUCGUAAUAAACUUCUCGGUCCUCUUCGACUUUGACGUCAUGCGUCGAAAUAAUCAGAUUACUCGUAUCAUAACAGUGUACGCAACAGUGCUGCGUACACUCACUGAUAUCACCGUGACAAAUUGAUCGAUUCGUAAAUAGGCAUAAAAAUUCGUUAUUGCACCCCGCUACGUGUGGCGUCAAAACAGGAGACUGCUGUCGACGAGGAUAAAAAUGAAAUAGAGAGAUUAUAGUUUCUGUUAUUUUUUUUAAUUUCUUUUUUUUUGCAUAUCGGUGAAACACACGUUCCGAUCGUCCGUAUCGACGGCUGUAGAACACCAGCGAUCUCGAAUAUAUAAUCUGUCGAAAGUAGUGCGGGACGAGGCCGGAGAGAAAGUGUGAGAGCCAGGCGGUGAGAUCUCCGCUGCGUCGUCCUUCGAUGAUUAUUUUGCUGCUGACAAGACACGUUCCUUUCCCUUUGUUUUUGGUUUCCACGCGGAAUCGAAAAGGACGCGCCGUCUUCGAGAAUAAAUCCUAUACAUUUACAUUACAUAUUCAUUCGUUUCCACAAGUACACAUGUAAAACUAUAAACCGACGAAUACUAAGGGUGAGAAAGAUAGAGAGUGAAAGAAUGAGAAUGAGAAUGAGAAUGAGAAUGCGUAUGCGAAGGUGCGUUGGAAUGAGAAAUUAUGGGGAGGAGAAAGAGAGAAAGACAAAGGGGGCUGGACGGAAGAGGAGAAAAUGCGAGCAUAUACACAUUUAUUUCGCGAAUAAAUUGUAAUUAUAUAUAUAUAUAUGCGCAUAUAUUAUAUAUACAUAAUUAUAUACAUAUAUAUAUACACAUCUUGUAAUUAUACAUAUAUAUAUAUAUAUAGAGAGAGAGAGAAAGAGAGAGGGAGAGAGAGAAAGAGAGACCUUCACAGGAGGAAUUUGUACAAAUCCGCUGGGAUAAAUCACCAGCAAGUCUGUGAUUUUAGCUUGGUUACUAAUUCAGUAUUUUUUUAAAUAAAACGAGACAAAAUCAAGAUAAAUCAUAAAAAAAGAAACACGAUUCGGCCCGCGAGAGAGAGGAGGGUUCGCAAGAGAAGGGAAGAGAAAGUUUAUGAAAAAGAGAGCGUGUGUGGUCAGACUGAAUGAGAUAGAUUAUGUGUGGUUGAGUUAAAGGAACGAGAGAGGUAGAAUCGGGGAAGGGGAAUCUUGGAAUUAGAAGUUUGCAAUAACAUUACUUGAAAUGUCCUGGAAAAAAAAAUUUCUCCAAGCAACUUCGCGAUUCUUUGACUUGUUUUACGAAAAAAACAUGAUGAAUCUUACUUUACGAUCGUUUUGCUUUUGUUCAGGAAAACGUGCAAUUAUUGAGAUUAUAAUUACUCAAAUCGCAAUAUCACAUUAAUGUGGCGACGUGCUCGAACGAAUAAAAAGAGCAUGACGUACUUUACGUUAAAAAUAUUGAUAAGAAGACAGGAAUCACUUCUCUGUCGCUUGGUCAUUAUGAGCCUCACUAAUGUCAGUUAGUAUUAAUCAUUUUCUUUUUUUCAUCUUUUAUUAUAUCCAGUAAUACAAUAGAGAAGAAAAAGGACGAAUUAAUUAAAUUAUGAUUUGUGCCGAUUAUCGUUAGCAAAAUUGGCUUGUUUUUAUCUUUAUUAUAAAAUUAUUUCUAAUUCGUUCUUUGUUGAAUUGCUGUGAGUCACGAUUGAUAAUGUAAUUUUAGAUCAUUUGAAAUCCAUACCGAAAAAUAUACGUACUGAAUGUCAUGCUUCUUGAAUUGUCGUUGUCAUGAUAACUUUUGUACUUCGAUUUUCUAGAUUUUUCCUUCUUGGCCACGCGUGAGAAAGAAUUGCGAAAGAAAUGAAACUUUAGGGCCGGCUCUUCGUCGAAUACUUUUUUUCUUCGGAAAAAUCAUUUUUUGUUUAUACGAACACUAGAAAUGAGAAAGAGGAAGACGAUAGAUUCUCGGUGAAGUAAAAUUGUAAGUAAAAUUGGGGGGCAAAAGUUGAAAGAAACGGGAAAAUAAAAAUAUGAAGAACAGAGAGAGAAAGAAAGAAAUGAAUAAAUGAUUGAAUGAACAAGUGAGUGAGUUAAAGAGAAAAAGGGGAGAGAGAGAGUGAGUAAGUGAGUGAGUGAGUGAGUGAGUGAGUGAGUGAGUGUGUGUGAGGGAUUUUGCAGGAGUGUUCAAUUCGAUCAAGUUGGGUCACGGGUUCCACGAUAAUAUUGUAAUGACAGAUUACUUAUGUGAGUACUGAUUAACAAACUUGUAGCGAUUUCGCUUAGUGUUGUAGAAAGGGAAUGAGAUAACAACUACCCGUGACCUGCGAGAUCCGAAUUCGGCGACCCUGUCCAGCCAAUACAUCGGCUGCAUUCGGAGAGAAGGAAGGCAGAGCGCAAAUAUAAAAGAUUCGUUUCUGCGCGUUGACUGCGAGCGAGACGCCACUCGAUGAAUUCUGUAUAAAAUUCGCUUUACAAGUCUACAUGCAUGUCCAUGAGUAUACAUACAUAUACACACAUACACAUACACGUACACAAGUACACCAUACCCACGACAUACGUAUACAGAUCGCAAAUACUCAAGACACGAUACCUAUAACAUGCGAGAUACCCAAUACAUUACACACAUACUCGAAUCUGUAGACUCGUAGGUUUACUAUUAAUUAUAAUGAAUUAUAAUUAUUAUAUCUAUUAUAUAUCAAUGUAUAAUUAUAUUUAGUUUUUAGGUUUAUGAUUAUAUUGGCUAAUUAUUUCCCGCUUGUACAUAUGCCGUGAAGCUCCAGAGAAAAAAUUAAAUCUUUAACAAAGAAAAUCUAUAAUUUUUUCGACUGUUUUUGUACAGAGAUAAUAAAAACAAAAGGCCUCGUGCUUAUGAAAUUUCAUGAAUACAAAAAAAAA